AUGACUGAAGUUCAUACACCUGACAUUCCUACCGAAAAUGAGCAUGAAGCAAUAUUAGAGGAAACCACAGAAGAACAUUGGAACACUCCAGGCACUAGCAGCCAGCCUACUGUACAUCCAACAGCCACAAAUGAUAUCGGACCUCCGACCAUUGAUGACGCAGACGAAUGGCAACCACCCGCUCCCAAAAGAAAUAAAAAAGAUAGCUUAGCAAAAUUAUUUAUAGAAUCUGAUAGGAAUGCAAGACAGUAUGCUAGAGAGCGUGAUUUGGCGUACGAGAAAUUAGAGAAAGAAAGAAUAGAGUUGCAUGAUUAUGAGAUUCGUGAAAGGGUAAGACAGCGAGAUCAAGAGCUUGUAUUACAAGCUCAAUGGUUAGAAUUUAUGAAAGAAUGUUUGAAUGUUAUUACAAAGUAUUUUGAUAAGGAUAAGUAG